UCUUCUCAGUCGAGGUAUGAAGUUUGAGAAUGUGCAAACGCUGACAGAUGCCAUCUCUGAUAUUAUCGCAGACAUGAGAUGGGGCUGGGUGGACCAGGCAGGAGUCAUCUGCCAUCAGGAGGGCAUUUUCCGGGUCAACUGCAUGGACUGUCUGGACAGGACCAAUGUAGUCCAGGCUGCCAUAGCUCGUGCAGUAAUGGAGGCACAGCUGAAGAAACUGGGUGUGAUGCCCCCUGAGCAGCCUCUGCCGCUCAAGUGCUACAGGAUCUACCAGGUCAUGUGGGCCAACAACGGCGACACCAUCAGCAGACAGUACGCCGGCACAGCCGCCCUCAAGGGAGACUUCACCAGAACGGGGGAGAGAAAACUGGCCGGGGUGAUGAAAGAUGGCGUGAACUCAGCCAACCGCUACUAUCUGAACCGCUUCAGGGACGCAUACAGACAAGCAGUCAUUGACCUGAUGAUGGGCCAUCCUGUGACAGAGGACCUGUACUCCAUUUUCAGUAAGGAGAAGGAGCAUGAGGAGAAAGAGCAGGAGAGCCAGAGAGUAACCCAGGAGCAGGUCAGCCUCCUGCUACAGACUUACAUGCAGCUACUGCUGCCCGACGACGAGAAGUUCCAUGGUGGCUGGGCCCUCAUCGACUGUGACAUGAGCCUUAUUGAUGCAACCAGCAAAGACGUGGAUGUUCUCCUGCUGUUGUCCAACAGUGCAUAUUACAUUGCAUACUAUGAUGAGGAAGCUGACAAAGUCAAUCAGUACCAGCGCCUCAACUUGGAGGGUUUGGAAAAGAUUGAAAUAGGCCCAGAACCUACUCUGUUCGGGAAGCCCAAAUUCUGCUGUAUGCGUCUACACUACAAGAAUGAGGAGACAAGUGGGUAUUUUCACACACUGAGGGCUGUCACAAGGAAUCCUGAGGAUGACGGUAAAGACACGUUACAGUGCAUAGCUGAGAUGCUUUGCAUAACAAAGCAAUCCAUGGGACUUGACAUGCAGGUGAUUGAAAAGAAACUGGAGAGAAGGCACAGUAAACCUCACGAGGACAUCAUGGGCAGACACCCUGACCAGGUCCUUGGCAGCUCUGGUCUGGCUCAGGGAAAGAGCUUCCUCCUCAACAAGUUCUCCUCUCUCAACCAGAGGGUGAAGAAGUCCAAUGUCAACAUGGGCUCCUUCAAGGGGAGGCUGGGCAACACCUUCUCCACUAAGCCCGACGUGAACUUCCUGAAGCCCACCAUUGGGAUCACCCUCUGGAAGUCUGACAGCAGCUUGGAGACCUCAGAGGGGGCAAACACCGGCCCGGCUCUGAAGGACCUCUGUGACAACCACUCGGAGAUGUCAUCCGACUCAGAUUCGUACAACUCGGAUGAACACCUGCGCUCCGGCUCCUUGGAGAAUGUGGACUACGUGCUGCCCAGCUGCGGCAUCGUGGCAUCAGCUCCGCGGCUAGGCAGCGUGGAGCUUAACAUCAGAGUCACUGGCUGUGACAGUAAGCAGGGGGCUCCAGCUCUAACCGGUCCUGAAGACCAGUCUCCCGAUGCUACCUCAGAGGGUGAGGAGGCCAUCCUGAUAGACUUUGGAACGCCCAUUGAUGCCUAUUGCCACCAAUUCAUCCAAGAUGCGCAGACCAAACCUGUGGAGGUAUUCGGGGAGCAGAUGACUGGUGGCAUCCCCACACAGAACCCACAUGUCCCUUCACAUGCUAAAGGUCCCCUGGCCCCAGACGAGCAGCCAGGUUCAGAUCAGAAGGUGCAGGCGAAGGAGCUCCAGCUCCCUCCCAGGCCAUCCCAGCUAGAUGUUACCUCCAGACCCAAUCUCCUGACUGCCCAGAAGCUCAGCUCGGCAGCUUCUGGCAGCUCCCAGAGGAGCCUGGGCUCUCACAUGGAUGGCAGCCUGGGCCCCUUGCCCGCCGACGGUAACGGCAGUCGAGUAGUCUCCCCCUUUGCCAAGAUCAAGAGCUCCAUGGUGCAGGUGGCCAGCCUGACCCAGGCCGGACUUACCCAAGGCAUCAACUUUGCCGUGGCAAAGGUGCAGAAAAGCCCAGAGCCAGAAAUGGCCGGUCUCAAUGAGACACAAGAGAACGAGCUGAAGGCAAUGUUUACACAGUGCCAGACGAGGAUCAUACAGAUCUAGCACUUCUAAAGUUGUAGCCUCUAAGCAGGUUUUUGUACAGUUAGUAGUAUAGUAUGUGACUUCCAGUACAGUAGCUAGCAGUAGCAUAAGCUUGCACAAGAAGGGACCCACACUGACUUGACUAAGAACCCUGCUCUUCAAUUCCCCUUGUAGUUGACCUGACCAUGUUUACAGCCAGUGUUGUGUAGUAUAUAAUACCCCAGCUCAAUACACGGCGUACUUAAUCCUAAUGCAAUUCCUUUCCGAAGCACGACCGCAAAGCAUUAUAUUCUGCCCAUAUGAACUAAUUUAUUUUAGUCCAUAGCCUAAAGAAAAUGAUUUAAUGAAAAGCAGCAAAAAGACAUUGUUUCACAUUCUUUAAUAAGACUCAAACAGAAAAAGGCAAUAGCUACACCUCGCUUCAGUUUCCCACCCAAAUACAGGGAAACUCUACAUAUUUCAAUGUGUUGAGUGCGCAAGUGGGUCUGUGCUCUGUACGCAGCGUAGUACCUUCGUUGACGUGUUUUGCUCGACAAAGACGGAAGCAUUCCUUUCAAUUGAUUUUCCAGCUACAUUUGCAUGUCAGGCUAUUGUUAAUAACUUAAUUAGAUAAGGUAGGUAAUAUCCAGUGCAUGUUGAGAGAUGAGCUCUGAAUUGAUUACUUUUGUAAUUCCAUAGGUGCAGUGCACCUAUUGGCAUUUGUGAUAUAGGCCUAGUUCAUAGCUCUGUUUCAAAAACAUUGGUAGAAGUGUCCGACCAAAUGUCCCUAUUGAUUUUCAAAGGGCAGCUCAAUGUUAGAUAUUAGACCUACCCUAGGCUAGUAAGAAAACAAACAUACAACUCCUAGAUAAAUGGGGAUCAGUAGCUCGGUUUCCAUCCAAUUGGUGACAGAUUUUCAUGCGAAUACUCAAAAAUCUGCAUAAAAACAAUAUUCUCAUUUUCCCACCAAAUUGACUUGUUGUGGAUAAAAAUCUGUGCAUGAUAACGUAGUGCACAUAAUAAUUACUUUUGCGGUUAAAUUCCUAUGUUCUGAAUUUUUUUUUUUACAAGUAAAUAGGUUUCCAUCGCAUUAAACUCUGUUUUGUCACAAAACAAAUUGUUAUACAGUGGGGUCAGAAAUGGUUGACAACUUUAAUGAAGAUGAGCAAUGACUGUAUGAAAUAAUUCAAAUAUUGAGCUAUAUUGUAUGCUCAAAUUUUUGGGGGAAAUUAUAUUAAUACAAUUGCUCAGAAAAUACAUUGUUUAACAAGUAAUCUAAAAAAAUCUAAAGAAGGUGGGGUUCAAAAUUGGCUCCACUAAAGAUUCUUAUAAAUAACAUUUACAUUUAAGUCAUUUAGCAGACGCUCUUAUCCAGAGCGACUUACAAGUACAUACAUUCAAACUUUUUUUUUUUGUACUAAUAAAAAAUAAAGUAGUCAAGUUUAGUAUUUGUUCCCAUAUUAUUAAUGGUAAAUAAUGUAUAGUGUUAUUUUGGAGUCACUUUUGUAAUUAAGAACAGAAUAUGUUUCUAAACACCACUUCUUGAUACCAUGAUUACAGAUAAUCCUGAGUGAGUGAGAAAGUUUGACCUUCUAAGAUCAUACCCCCCCAACAAGUUUGAGUCACAAGCUUGAUAUUGUCAUUGCGUGCUAGGAAUAUGGGACCAAAUACAACACUUUUGACUACUCUAUCUUUACGGAUGACAAUUUUGACCCCUAAUUUUGAGCUUUUUUUUAAUGACUUGUUAAACAAAAUCUCGUUCUCUGAGAAAUUGUAUUCAUAUAAAAUAAUGAUUUUUUCCCCCCCAUAAAAAUAUAAAAUAAUAAUUGCAUUCAAUAAUAGCUCAGUAUUUGAAUUAUACAGUCAUUAUUGCUCAUCUUUAUUAAGGGUGUCAAUUUCGGACCCCACUGUAACCUAUGUGCCCACACUGGUCUUUGCACGUGCUCUCUAGCCAAAAGCUUGCAGAGUGCGGGUAGGCUGCCUACAUGAUGUAUUUCCUAUUAUGGACAAAAGAGCAAGAUUAUUUUUACUUGUCAAACGGCAGCCAAGCAUCGAUCGUCAUGUCACCAGAAUAAGACUCGAUAGUUAUUGGAAAACAGCAUCAAACUCAUCACCGUGCACUUUCUCCACCCUCAUAACUUAUUCCAUCUGUAGCAUAAUACACUCCAUGCUUUUCCGAGUCGUAGUGGGUGGACCACACAUGUCAUUGUGUGACUCCAAGUUCGAUAUGAUGGUUAUUCUAUCAAUAUUUGCGUUUAAUUAAUUUUACUGACGCAAAAAGAUCCCACCUUUUCUAGCGGAUUCUGUCGUGAAUAAUUUUAUUUUUCUAUCCCACAUGUACUUUACUCGCAUAAAAAAGUUAGAUGGAAACCUGG